AUGGAUAUGCACGGCAUGGAUGAAGUUACGCGUGUAAAUGUUGAUGAUUUUGACUGCUCAGUGCAACCAGGAGUCACUCGAGGAGCUCUGGACGCACAUUUAAAGUCGACAGGACUCUUUUUCCCUGUCGAUCCGGGAGCGGAUGCGUCAUUGUGUGGGAUGGCAGCCACCGGCGCGAGCGGAACAACCACUGUGCGCUACGGCACAAUGAAGGAGAAUGUUAUUGCCAUGCAGGUGAGUGUUCAAAUUGAGCCAUUAUCCUCAGAAUUCCUGGACACGGCUCAAGUAAUCGCGUGCAAUGCUUAUUCCAAGCUUACUUUGCCCGAAAAACCACACCUAUUCCUUGAAUUUCAUGGAGCAACUGACACGGAAGUUACCAAGCAAUCGGCAACAGUUGGAGACAUUUGUGCAUCAAACAAUGGCUCGGCCUUCGCCUAUUCCACUGAACUCUCGCAGCGUCAACGUUUGUGGAAAGCCCGUCAUAGCGCUUAUUACGCGGCGUUAUCUAUGUGCCCGGGGAAGCGGGGAAUAAGUACUGAUGUUUGUGUGCCGAUUUCUAAACUUGGAGAAGUGGUGGCGGCAACUCAUGAGGAUCUUCAAACCCAUGGCAUUUUUGGCCCAAUCGUUGGGCAUGUUGGAGAUGGGAAUUUCCACGUCAUUCUAGCAUGUCACGAUAGUGAUCCGGAAGAGAAGAAGAAGUUGCAGGCUUUUAUAGAUCGGCUGGCUUCAAGAGCUAUUUCUGUCGGAGGAACUUGCACAGGCGAGCACGGGAUUGGUAUUGGAAAGCGGCAUUUGCUCGAACAAGAAGUAGGGCCCGGGGCUCUAAAUACGAUGAGGGUUAUCAAAGCUGCCCUGGACCCUCAUGGUAUAAUGAAUCCCGGUAAAGUAGUG